UCGAGGCGCCUCUCCGCUCGAGGAACAAGCGAGAGAUGCAUUUGCUCCAAGGGUCGCGGUUCACACGUUGAGACCAGGAGGAAUAUGUGACACCAAAGGGCCCCUUCGGACAGCAUGCUGUCGUUUUUUGAGAAGCACUUCACCAAACAGCAGCAGCAACGGACCCCGAGUCCGACCAAAAGAGCUCUGCGAAGGAGCAGCAGCGCUAGGCAGCGUUCCGACGAUGACCUGAGCGCGAAACAGAGUCAGGACACAAUGGUGCCGAUUAUGGGUGACCUUCCCAGCUCGAGGAGCAAAGCCGCCAGCAGUAGCACAUUGUCGUCGACGGACGAUGAUUACGAAACGGAGCUGGCCAAUAAAUCUCAGAGAGAUGCACAGCUAGGCUGGAUGUUUGCAUUUGUGGCUGGGAGUGUUUUUGCGAGUUGGGCUCUCGGCGCCACGGGAGUUUCUGUGGCUUGGCUUCUUCUGCUUCUGGCCCUUUUAGCUGCCGUUUGGAGGGCAUCGUUAAGACGGUUGGUGGAAGGUGCGAUUCGUUAUGAGACGCUGAGGGUGGCGCGGAGACGGGCAUUGAGCGUCGACGAGACGGCAGAAUGGUUCAACUUUUUGCUUAAUCGAUGGUGGGUGUUUAGCUCUCCAAGUUUGUACGCACUCAUUCGGGAGCAUUUGGAGCCUCUUCUGAAUGAGGUCAAACCUUCCAUGGUUGAGCGCCUGGAGCUUCAUCAGUUUACUCUGGGUGAUCAAACACCGCAUGUGCGUAGUGUGAGGGCUUUUGACGUUAGCGGAGGCGGAGUGCGAAGACCUCUGAGUCCUGCAAGCCUGGCUCGACCUCCCCCAGGACUAGCGUUGAAGUUAAACCAUCAAGUUGCCCUCGAGGCUGACGUCAGACUUGAUUGCGAUGAUUUCAGAAUGAUUUUGAGGUCAAGAUUUGGCAAAGGAGUUGGCAUGGAUUUGGACUUAGCCAUGGAAAAGCUCAAUAUUUCUGGCCGCAUUUAUAUCACAUUCACUCUAAAUAUGGACGCUCCUUUCCCUCACGUCACUCACUUUUCUCUGUCCUUUUUGGAGAGGCCAGAAGUUUGGUUUAGUGUGCGGAUUUUGAAGGCUGUACAAAUGAUGGAAGUUCCACUCUUGAAAACUUGGAUUCACUCUGUUGUGAUGGAGGCGCUCGUGACUUCCCUUGUCGAUCCAGGACAUUUAGAUGUAAACCUAGUUGCUGCCGACAGGCCCUCAGCAGCGCAUGGCCCAGGCGACACCGUUGCUAAAGGCGUCCUUACCAUAACACUAACAAUGGGCACUGGUCCAGCAUCAAAUCCAGCCAAAGAAGCUGCCAGUGGUGAUGAUGCCAAGUGGCUCGUCUUGUGCUUAGGGGAUCAAAGAAUUGUGACAUCGCACCUUGGCCCACGUUGGCAACAUACUGGAUCAUUUUUGGUUCCUUCCUUACACACUGAUACACUCUUAGUAAAGCUUAAAACCAAACGGUUUGUGAGCGCAAUUACCUUGGCUCAGUUUGAGCUGCCUCUUGCGAGCUACAACCUUGAUUCUGCUAAAGUGGUAGAAACAUUGCUGCACAAAAAGCUAACAAAAAUAUCAUCAGGCUCCAUCCCUAAUAUUUGUAUGAGGCUGGAAUACACUCCGUUGCCCUCAAUAAAUCUUGAAACUUCGGAAAUUCCUCCUAGUCUCUCGGACAGAGGCCUAUCUGGAGUGCUUCUAGUCUGUGUUCAUAGUGCUGAUGGCUUAGCUGUGAUUGGCGAACCGGCCUCAUGUAAUCCCUACUGCAUGGUGUUCAAUGGAAGAAAAAAGGUCAAGACGACGCAUUACGUCAAAGCGACUGGCAAUCCACAGUGGGAAUCAAAGGCGCAAUUCUUGGUCAAUGACUUUACUCAAGCAAUGCUGUCGUUUGUUGUCUGCUCAUGGGGUAGGGACAAAACUGGGGACACAGACUUAUUGGGCAUCACAACAUUUUCUCUCACACAGGAGGAGCCUUUUGUGUUAAGGAGAGUUUUACAACUUAAUGUCAACUCUCCACCGAGAACUGCUUCCCCUGUCGGCACAAUUACUGUGUCUGUAAUUUUCCAACCAGUCAGCUCAGUUGCCCAAUCCAUAGGAUCUCAUACAGGAGGCUCGACCGCCGCAGCCAACAGCCCAGGAGGGUCAGAUGAUGAUGACUCUUCUGUUAGCUCUAGUCGUAGUAAGAGGAGUUCGAAUAAUUGGAUGCAGCAAGCCAAACAACUUCUCUCGCACAAAGAAGUAGAAAUGAACGAUAUCAGCUCGCUUUUGGCCAAAGGAACCGGAUUAAUGGAAGUUUAUCUCAUAAGGGCUAAAGAUUUGGAAGCAAAGGACCUAAAUGGCUUCAGUGACCCCUAUUGUGAAGUGAAAAUAAAUGGAGAGUGUAAAUAUAAAUCCAACAUUAAGAAAAAGACGUUGAAUCCUAUCUGGGAGGAGAGUGCCAUCAUGGGGCUCCCACGACAAGGAGAAACUCUCGACUUAGUGAUAUGGGACCAUGAUGUUCUUGGAAUGAAAGACUUUAUAGGCAGUGUAUCAAUAACUGUAGACGAGAUUAGACAUUUGUCUUCACUGGACACGGCCCAGUGGAGGCAACUACAGGGUGUCAAGACUGGUGCUAUAGAGAUCAGAGUAAAAGUUAUUUCAGAAACAACAGGGUUUGCAUCACCUCUCAGUACAAACCAAUCAUUGUCAUCGUCAGCGGAGACGCCUAAAAACUUAACCCCGAGAAACUCGGUAGAUAGCACAGAUCGUGGAAAGCUGAAAUUGGCAUUGGAUAGCAAGCCGCCAGUCCCCAUGAGAACAGUGACAGUAAAUUACAAACCUAAUAGAUCAGGAGCUAAUCAUCACCAUCAUGUAAUUGAGCCACCGAAAGUACCCUUGGUUCCGACAAUCAGUACAAAUGGCUCUGGAAGCUACAGCUCCUACUCCAAUGAGCCCCCAGCACACACGUCGGUAGUGGUCUCUGGCUGUGAAAGAAGUCCAAAUGGCCUCAAAGCCAGCAAUGGCAGGGGUUCGUUGACACCUAGCCCUGAACCUGGCUCAAAGAAAAGUUUUGUUGACCAGUACAGCAGCUUUCGCACAAUGAAAAACAAGGUCAAACGUGGCCUUAACCUGCGGAGGUUUCGGUCUGAAGUUAACAUGCCAGGAAGCGACGAGGCCAACGGAGUCAGCCAGGUAACUCUGAAUAUUGAGCCCAGAGGAGGGGGCGAAGCCGAUGCCUCCGACCUUCUGAAUGGUGAGCGCUUGAAACAUGCUGUGUCCCAACCCAACAUUCCUUGCCGCCUCCGCGCACGCACCACAGAUCUAAAAGCCGAGGUUCAAUGUGAUUCGAUACCGGCUGAAAAGUUUUAUGGUAUUGAAGGAAAAGUUGUUCAAGCCCACGGGCUUCACGUUGCACAUAUUGCCCAAGUAUAUUGCAGAAUCAAGCUGCAUAGCUCGGAAAAGUCUCAUCGAAGCGGAGGAAAAACUUUGGCCAAGUCUAGACUAAUUCCAGCCAUACCAGAUCCACUUUUCAACCUUGCUUUUGAGAUAGAAACCCCUGAAGGUGUUUCGAAACAGGCAGCUCUACUUUUUGAAAUAAGGGCUACUGGAAAAGAAUUGGUCGCGUCUCGACGAGUGACAAUAGAGGAACUCAUGCAAGACGCGUCCAUUGAUGGGAGUGUUGUGAAAACAUCAUUAAACCUCAGCACAGGAGCAUCCAUCGAAGUCGAAGUGUCCUAUGGUCGGGAAAUCAAGAAGGAAUCAAGAAAACUCUUCCGCAGCUGGUCUGUGCACAGGAUUGGUAAAAUUUAGAAAUUGGCAAAAUCGAGCUUUUCUAUCUUCAGCCUGUAUCUCAAAAUCUAUGCAUUUUCCUGAAUUUUUGAAUAAUAGAUUUUUUCACCUGUUUGUGAACUUAACAUUCCAGUGUGACUUGAUAAUAAUGUUUUUAAUGUUCAUCAAUAAUUUUACAAUUUAUAAGUGUAUAUGAUAGCAACCAUCUUUUUAUUAGACAAUUUGAUUUAUUUAUUGUUUGAUGCUGAAGUUAUUAGGAUAAAAAUUUAUUAGAUACAAUAUAUUGUAGAUAGAACCUUAAAAUUGUAUUGUGCGUGCGCUGAAUCACAGGCGCUUUAUAUAUGGGAUCAAACUUUCAAAUUUUUGGCUUUUGCCUUGGAUGCUUUUAAAAAAAUCUUUCAAAAAAUUGCAAUGAGUAAUGCUAUAUAUCAUUAUAUAUUUGAUUCAGCAUUUAAACUCAAAUUUCUCAAAUUCUACCAUCAAAGCAAUUUCUAAUAUUUCUAUAUAUUUCUUGUAAAAUUUUUACGUCCUCAAAUAUGACUGAAUUCUCAAUAAUCUCUAAUUAAUUGAUUAGUAAGUCUCUUUUCCAAUAAAGUAAUUUAUGGA